AGGACAAGCCUCCUCCCCCCCCUCUUGUGGGACAUCCCGGGUAUAAAGAGAGAAACUCUGUCAGCAGACACAACUCACUCAGGAGAAACAGUCCUCAGCUCUUCAUCUGAUGAGGCUCCGCUGAAGAGUCUCUGCUGCACACACUCCUGAAGACUCCACUCUUCCUCCCGUCUCUUCUCUCUACCCUCCAGCCUUCCAGCCCCCAGCAGCAUGCCUCCUCAGCUCCCCUCUCAGAACCAGGGCAGCCCGAGGGUCCUGCAGGGCGACCUGAGCGCCCUCAGCCCGGCCCUGAAGGAGUUUGUGGAUCUGAACGUGACUCUGUGCCAGCCCGAGGCCCUACACAUCUGUGACGGCUCCGAGGAGGAGAACCGGGCCGUCCUGACUCAGCUGGAGGAGCAGGGCCUGAUCAAGAAGCUCCGCAAAUAUGAGAACUGCUGGUUGGCCAGGACCGACCCGAGGGACGUGGCUCGUGUGGAGAGUAAGACGGUGAUUGUGACCCGGGAGCAGAGGGACACAGUGCCCACCCCUCUGGACGGAGGGGUCAGCCAGCUGGGACGCUGGAUGUCCCCUGAAGAGUUCGACAAGGCCGUGGCCCAAAGGUUCCCCGGCUGCAUGAAAGGUCGUACCAUGUAUGUGAUCCCGUUCAGCAUGGGUCCAGUGGGGUCCCCCCUCUCUAAGAUUGGGGUGGAGCUGACCGACUCCCCCUACGUGGUCGCCAGUAUGAGAGUGAUGACCCGCAUGGGGAAGUCUGUGCUGUCCGCUCUGGGGACGGGAGAGUUCGUCCGCUGUCUGCACUCCGUCGGCUGUCCUCUGCCGCUGAAGAAGCCCUUGGUGAACAGCUGGCCCUGUAACCCGGAGCAGACGCUGAUCGCUCACGUCCCGGACCGCAGGCAGAUCGUCUCGUUCGGCAGCGGAUACGGAGGAAACUCCCUUCUGGGGAAGAAAUGCUUCGCUCUGCGCAUCGCAUCAUGCAUCGCCAAGGAAGAAGGCUGGCUGGCCGAGCACAUGCUGAUCCUGGGUGUCACCAACCCUGCAGGGCAGAAAAAGUACAUGGCAGCAGCCUUCCCCAGCGCCUGUGGGAAGACCAACCUGGCCAUGCUCUGCCCCACGCUGCCCGGCUGGAAGGUGGAGUGUGUGGGAGACGACAUUGCCUGGAUGAAGUUUGACGACCAAGGAAACCUACGUGCCAUCAACCCUGAGAAUGGCUUUUUCGGAGUUGCCCCCGGCACCUCAGUCAAAACCAACCCCAACGCCAUGGAGACCAUCAUUAAGAACACAGUGUUCACCAAUGUUGCGGAAACCAGCGAUGGCGGCGUGUACUGGGAGGGAAUGGACCAGGCACUUCCUGAAGGAGUCACCAUCACUUCCUGGAAGAACAAGCCCUGGAGCUCAGAGGAUGGCGAACCUUGCGCUCAUCCCAACUCUCGGUUCUGCACUCCGGCCGGGCAGUGUCCCAUUAUCGACCCAAUGUGGGAAUCCCCGGAGGGAGUCCCCAUUGAGGCCAUCAUUUUCGGAGGACGAAGGCCAGAAGGUGUCCCUUUGGUAUACGAGGCUUUCAGCUGGCAGCAUGGUGUGUUUGUUGGAGCAGCCAUGAGGUCAGAGUCCACCGCUGCAGCCGAACACAAAGGCAAGAUGAUUAUGCACGACCCCUUCGCCAUGCGCCCCUUCUUCGGCUACAACUUCGGCCAGUACCUCUCUCACUGGCUGAGCAUGGCCGACCGCCCCGGUGCCAAGCUCCCCAAGAUCUUUCACGUCAACUGGUUCCGUAAGAGUCCCACCGCUGGAUUCCUCUGGCCCGGUUUCGGAGACAACAUCCGCGUUCUGGACUGGAUGUUCAGGCGUUUGAAUGGAGAGGCCGGCGCCAUGCCCUCCGUGGUGGGCUACCUGCCAUGCUGCGACUCCUUGAACCUCCAGGGCCUGGAGGAGGAGGUGGACCUCAGCCAGCUGUUCUCCCUGGAUCAGGAGUUCUGGCAGAGGGAGGUGGCCGAUGUUAGGAAGUACUUCACCACGCAGGUGAACGACGACCUGCCCAACGAGGUGGCCCGGCAGCUGGAGCUCCUGGAGCAGAGAGUGAAGCAGAUGUGAUGAUGAGGGGGAGCGAACAGCACUUCAGCAAAUCUAAAGUAGCACGAAAAAUUCGAAAUUCUAUAACGGAUAUUACCCAUUCCAGAGCAGACUUUUAGUAAUUCUAUCAAACGUUCUUGAAUAGACUUUGAGUUAUUCUAGAACAAAAUAUAAGACACUUGAAUAAAGACUUCUAGUGAAUCUAUAAGACUUACCAGAUAUUCUAAAGCAAACGUUGAUUGAUUCAAGAACUACAUAUCAGAAAUUGUAAUAGAUUUCUAGUGACUGUGGCUGUUUUCAAUGUUUUCGUUAGCUAUAAUCCUCCAACAUUUCCCCAAGGACAAUUAUUUUAAAGACUUUUAAAUUUGUUCUGGGGAUGAUAAGAUAAAGGAUAUGAACUUGCAGAAAUUGUAGUGUAGAAAGAAAUGGUCAGAAACAUUCCUCACUAUGCUAACAGUAUGAGAGAAUGUGCCAAGUGAAAUGUUUCCUUUCCAUGAUUGUUUCCUUUCAUUGCUGUUGUAACAGCUCUUUGUUUUAAACUGUUGUUCUAAUAUAUUGCCUAUACUGUACUUCUGAAUUCUACUAUUUAAUAGUAACUUAUUAUGAGCGCACAUCACGCUGUCAUUGCCAUGUGGACUUGUAGAGCACAGAAAGAGUAAACAAGUCCAUGUUAGCUCCAGUGUUGUUUAACCCCUAACAUAGGGUACAUGUCGUUUUCUGUUCCUGUUUGUAUUCUUAAUUUAUUUUUAUACACUGUUGGUUCUCUUGGUUCUGUUUUGGGGCCAUCUUGAGACCCCAGAGAAGGGAGAAGACAAUAAAAGUGUUGUCAAUUAUUAA